CUCACUUAUUACAGGCACAUGUAGUCUCCAUCUCCAUCAUACGUUUACCGUGGUUCUGGUCCAUGGCGAAGUCGAUGAAAAUGCUUGUAGCUAAGGCUGCAGACCAAGACAGUUUAGGGAAAAUGAAGGAGGCCAAGAUUUCGGUUCAUGAACUCCAGCGUUUCCCCAAUACUGGAAUGAAAUACAUCAGACUCGUGCCCGGUCAAAAGGUCGAUACCUUGACUGCAUACGAAACUCCACAGUCAUUGACUGGGGAUAUCGACACCGGUUCUCUUGUUAAAGUAGUGGCAACUUCCUUGGAAGAGAAUUGCAAGCAGCGGUGGCAGCCCGGAGUAUCAGAACACAACCUGUGGAAACGUGUGCUCUAUGUCUACCCGCCCCUAAAUGGACACAUCUACGAUCUAAAUCCGCUGAUGCUUUCUCUUACCUACGCUCCCAUCGCCUUCCUUCAAGCAACAGAAUUCUAUCCCAUGUAUAAAAUGCGAAUUCGAAGCAAUCUAUCCAUCGAUUUUUUGUCCAUUGGUGAUGAAAAAUACUUGAUCAGCAACACUCUUCGGACUUGCAAUAUCUCUGAAUUGUAUAUUAUCCUGACUGUCCUCAAGCAGCUUCACUACAUGCCAAAUGAGCUGCUUGUCACAUGGAAAGCCAACUGA